ACCCAGAUGACAGCUGGACACGCCAGUCCAGCCGGUGCUCCCCAGAGGGUCAGGUGACCCUUCCCUCCCCAGGCCACUGGCAGCCCGGCCCCCUGUGCAGACCUGUCCAGCCAGGGCUCUAGGGGACAGUGAGUGGGCACUCCACGCAGGAGAGGCUUUGCCUUCACUGACGCCUGCAGCCAAGCCCUGCAACGAGACCCCUUCUGCGGGACCCUCCCCGACCCCAGAGGGAGGCCCUGAGCCCCGCUGAGAGCCCGCACAGGAAGACAGCUGUGCCGAGACAGCAGCGAAGGCCAAGAAGCAGCGAGCUGAGGACCACUGACAGCCGAGCUCUGUCCGGGAGCUGCCGCUCCAGCUUCUCCCCCACGCCCUCUCCCCGCUGCCUGCGCGGAGUCAUGGUGGUGCAGGGCAGCGCGGACGCCAGGGUGGGCGUGCAGCUGGAGCCCUUCCUGCACCAGGUGGGGGGGCACAUGAGCGUGAUGAAGUAUGACGAGCACACCGUGUGCAAGCCCCUCGUCUCCCGGGAGCAGAGGUUCUACGAAUCGCUGCCGCUGGCCAUGAAGCGCUUCACACCUCAGUACAAAGGCACCAUCACCGUGCACCUCUGGAAAGACAGCCAGGGCCAUCUCAGCCUGGUCGCCAACCCACUGAAAGAGAAUCAGGAGCCCUUCAAGGUCUCCACGGAGUCGGCGGCGGUGGCCAUCUGGCAGGCGCUCCAGCAGACCACCAGCGGCAGCGGCAGCGCCCGCAUCCUCACGCAGCUGGCAUGCCCAGCCAAGGAGAGCGGCAGCCCAGCCAAGGUGGUCCUGAGGCCCGAGUCCCACCUCAGCGCUCAAGUGUCCUCACGGCUGGAGGACGCUGGCGGGAACCAGGCUGAGAAGAAGAGCUUCAACCCGUGGGGCCUGCACUGCCACCAGGCCCACCUGACCCGCCUGCGCACCGAGUUCCCCGAGGACAGGCGGCACCGGUUCCUGUUGCUGGAAAACGUGGUGUCGCCGUACACGCACCCCUGCAUCCUGGACCUGAAGAUGGGGACCCGGCAGCACGGGGACGACGCGUCGGAGGAGAAGAAGGCCCGCCACAUGAAGAAGUGUGCGCAGAGCACCUCGGCCCGCCUGGGCGUGCGCAUCUGCGGCAUGCAGGUCUAUCAAACAGAUAAGAAGCACUUUCUCUGCAGAGACAAGUACUAUGGACGAAAGCUCUCGGUGGAUGGGUUCAGGCAAGCCCUCUAUCAGUUCCUGCACAAUGGAACCCACCUCCGCGCUGAGCUGCUGGAGCCCAUCCUACGCCAGCUCCAGGCCCUCCUCGCGGUCAUCAGGAGCCAGAGUUCCUACCGGUUCUACUCCAGCUCCCUCCUCAUCAUCUACGAUGGGCAGGAGCCCUCAGAAAGAACCUCAGGCAGCCUGCGUCCUCAGGAGGCUGCACAGGUGGCCCACAGCAGCUCUCCCGGGGGUCUCGCCAAGGUUGACAUCCGCAUGAUCGACUUCGCUCACACGACAUACAAGGGCUCCUGGAAUGAGCACACCACCUACGAUGGACCAGACCCUGGCUAUAUUUUUGGCCUGGAAAAUCUCAUUGGGAUCCUGCAGGAUAUCCAAGAGGGACAAUGAAACUUCUUGGGCUUAACUGGAUUUUUCUGGGCUACAGAUCUCAAAAAGGGACCUACUGGUAGCUAGGGUAGUCUAGACACCCCUUAGAUGUCUUUGCAAUAGCCAUAUCUACCCUUGAAGCCAUCUCUAUACAUGGCAGACUAUACGAACAGCUGUCAAUCAGCUCUGGAGGUGAUUCGACAUGCCCUGGCACCCUGCUGUAAUGCUGGUCAUCGUAGAAGGGACAGUCAGGAUACAGUGGCGCUGUGUGGAGUACACGGGAGGGAGCAGCAUGAUGAGUUAGAGGCCAGCACUGCAGUGCGAUUCUGGAGUAUUUGCAUCUGAGAGCGCUCGCUUGUUGUCAUGCUGCAGUCCUCGCAAGCUGUGAGGCAAAAACCUACUUGAAGCAGCCUUAAAGAGUGAGUUUAUGAGUUCGUGUUUUUUCUCCUGGUGUGGGCUGCCCGGUCCAAGGGCAGACAGAGCUCGUGCAUGCCUCUUCCCUUCCUACGAGGAGUUGCAAAUGGGGCAGGAUGAAGUGGAACAGAUCUGCCCACCUCACCUUCUUGCACCCAAGUCCAAUGUGGUUGUCCAGGCACAAGCACAGGUAAAGCAGGACCCCAGUUCCUCCAUGUGCCUGUGGAGAUGAGGGUCUCUUUAGAGACUUGUUUUUUUUUUUUCCUUUUUUGCUUUUCCUUUUUAUCCCCCAAAAUCUGUUAUAAUGAGGAAUCUCUUUACAGACUUCUGAGUGCCUGUUGGAAGUGAUGAUUCUGCCACAUUCUGACCAUGAAAUGCAGCUUCCGGGGGGGCGGGGGGUGCACACGAGGAGGAGCCACUGAUAUUAAACUACACUCUCUGCUUUCUAUUUAUUUAUUUUGGGGGUGGGUUGGGGGUCUCAGAGGAAGCCGGAGGACCGAGGAAACCAGGGGCAAUGUUUACAAGACUGGUGGACAAGCGUAAAUAUGGAACAAGAACAAACAGUUCUAAUUAAUUCCUUCUUCUGCAGUAUGGAAACCUAUUACAAUGCCCUUGAGUCAAGCACUGAGAUACGUUACCCAAUUAGGGAAAUAAAUUUGUUAAUAAAAUUGCUGAGGUCACCAGUGAUUGCUGGUGCGCCUUAUUACCCUU